UAGGUGAGAAUUCUACUCUAAAUUUUUAUUCCGUUUUCUCAAUUUUCUUGUCUAGGGGUAUUGUACAGUUUCCAUCAAAGAAAAAAUAUUCUUGUUAUGGAGUUUGUUAAGGAAAGUAGAGAUGGGUUAUAUAGCGAUCAUCCUCAGGAAGAUCAAGAAGAAGAAGUAUUAAUGGCAGAUAAUAAUAGCACAACAAGUAAACAACUGUUUUCCUCCUCAUCUUCUUCUUCCUUUUCUUCACUCUCUCCAUCUUCUUCUUCUUCUCAGUACAGAAAUGUUGUUGUUCAUCAUCACCAACAACAACAGCAGCAACAACAACAACAGAUUCAUCAGUUACCAGCUAAUUUCUUAAGCGGAAUGAGUAAUAGCAGUGCUCCUGAAGUGAUUGGUGAAUUCAUAGAAAAAGAACACAUGUUUGAUAAAGUGGUAACACCCAGUGAUGUCGGUAAACUAAAUCGAUUGGUUAUACCUAAACAACAUGCAGAAAAAUAUUUCCCUUUAGAUUCAGCAGCUAAUGAAAAGGGCUUACUUCUAAAUUUUGAAGAUAGAAGUGGUAAACCAUGGAGGUUUAGGUAUUCUUAUUGGAAUAGUAGCCAAAGUUAUGUUAUGACUAAAGGUUGGAGUAGGUUUGUUAAGGAGAAGAAACUUGACGCGGGAGAUAUUGUUUCUUUCGAACGAGGAGCCGCCGAAUCUUAUAAAGAUCGAUUUUAUAUCGAUUGGAGGCGCAGGCCUCAGGCACCAGAUCUAUCUCUUCAUCAUCAUCAACAUCAUCAUUCUAACCCUCUUUCUUUCCCAAGAACUGUAAUUCCAUGGGGUACCACUCAUGCUAGACUGUUUUUCCCGCAAAAUUUGGCGGUUUCAUCAUCUACCCGCGAUCAUUUGCAGUUGAAUUAUGAUCACCAUCAUCAUCAACAGCAACAACAACAUUAUCAUUAUCACCAACAACAGCUUCAACAGAGAUUAUCAUCAUCGACCAGUAGUACUAGUUAUGGUAAUUACAGCAAUACUAAUAUGGUUAAUAACAAUCAACGGCCCGGCUCAGUUGUUUAUUUGAGAUCAUCUUCAUCACCAAUUACAACAAGAAUACCUGAUCAUCAAGCUCAUCAUCAACAGCAACAAGUUGGGUUAAUGCAACAGUACACAAGUGGGGAUAACCAUAAUAACAUGGCAAUGGUUUUCGACUCGGUUCCGGUGGUCCAUGGACAAGCUGCAGCUAAGAGAGUUAGGUUGUUCGGAGUGAACCUGGAGUGUCCUAUAUCAGAGGAUGACAAUGAAUGUGACAUUUUAUCUUCGACCACCAUACCAAUGAAUACAACGAUUGGGGGGUCAUCGAUUCAUACUCAUCAUCCUCAUCAUCAAAUAUUGAACAAUCCUUCUCAACCCAUUCAUUCUGCUCCUCCUCCUCAUCUACAAUUAAGGGUUUAUAAUGGAGCCCCACUUCCAACAAUGCCAACCGAGUUGCCUAAGAGAGGCAGACCAUCUUUGUCUUUCGACAUAUAAGAGACACACAGAAGAAAGUACCAAUCAAAAAUUAGGUGAACUUGACAGAGAAGGAUCAUUGUCGAAAUUAAUCUGCCCAGAAGAACAAUCAUUAAUUCAAAUAAAGGAAAAGAAGAUGAGAGAUGACAAGAUAUAGAGGGUAACCACUUAAGCGAUGUAGUUAGGAUGCUCAUGAACUGGAUUACAAUUUCACUCUCGCGUGAUAAUAUGAGGAUGAAAUUUUAAUUAGCUCUCUCUAUUUGUUCCUCACUCUCUCACUCAAUGGUCUCAAGCUAACAAUUGAACACCGAUAGAUCAACAGGGAAAUGCAUAUCAUCAGCAAGCGGUUUAUCGAUUUCUAUUGCAGCUAGUGGAUUACUACUACUGAAUUGAAUGAAGGUUUAUCUUGAUGAUGAGGAUAUUAUUUGUUAGUUACACACAUAAUAUAAGUUUGUGUUUGUUAUCAAGUUAAUCAAAUUAAGUUUUCUUGCAUCA